CGUUCUGGGUUUUUUUGCCGUUCGCGUGUCUUUUUCUCCUGGAUCUUGAGAGGAUGAAGGAGCUUUCUCAAGUUUUCUGUUUGUUUACGUGAGUUUUUUGGCGUGCUCCACGCUUGGGAGUCCUGCUUUGUGGCGUCCAGAUGUUGCCGGUGCACGUGUUUGAGAGCGUAUGGAAUUCAGCCUGUCUGUUGACAUGAUGCUUUACCGUGUCAAUAGUCGUCUGCAGAGCUUUCCUGAUGGAGGAGGGACGCUGUAACAGCCUCUGCUUUCCUCUGGAAUCAGCUCCUUCACAUACAAUCACAUUCAAGCUCUCCUUCAGGUCCUCUUUAGGGUUUUUAGACUCUGUCAGUUCUCUCAUCUUGUGGCACUUGGAAUUGGUCAGCAUGUACCACAGAUGGUUUUUGCUGCCUUGUUUUUCCGGUAUGCGCUGUAGUUAACGGUUUGUGACGGAUCUGUCUUGGCAUCUCCGUUCUUGGACGUGUUUGUUACGAUCAUGGGCUGUGUGUUCUCCUUACCGGAGGACCGGCUGGUCGCCAUAGAUAGGGCUCCAACAACCAGGGAAACCAGUUUUAUUGACAAAAUGAAGAAAAUGGGCAAGAACAUUGUGGUGUUUUACGGCUCACAGACAGGCACGGCUGAAGAGUUUGCCAAUAGACUUGCAAAAGAUGCUCAUCGCUACGGCAUGAAGGGAAUGGCAGCAGACCCAGAGGAAUAUGACAUGAGCGAGCUCUCUCGUCUGCCUGAGAUUGAGAACUCAAUAGCGAUCUUCUGCAUGGCCACGUAUGGAGAGGGCGACCCUACUGACAACGCUCAGGACUUCUACGACUGGUUACAUGAGGGCGACGCCGACUUCACUGGAGUUAAAUAUACAGUGUUUGCACUGGGCAAUAAGACAUACGAGCACUACAACGCCAUGGGAAAGUAUGUGGACAAGAGAAUGGCUGAACUGGGAGCAACGAGGAUCUUUGACCUGGGAAUGGGAGACGAUGACGGAAAUCUUGAGGAGGACUUUGUGUCGUGGAGAGAGCAGUUCUGGCCGGCCGUGUGUGAACACUUUGGAGUCGAAGCAACGGGUGAAGAAUCCAGUAUUCGUCAGUAUGAGCUGAAGGUACACACUGAUCUGAACAUGAAUAAGAUCUACACUGGAGAGCUGGGACGCCUCAAGAGCUUCGAGAACCAGAAGCCGCCUUUCGAUUCAAAGAACCCUUUCCUGGCUCCGGUCACUGUGAACCGCAAGCUCAAUAAGGCUGGUGACAGACACCUGAUGCACCUGGAGCUGGACAUCACAGGCUCCAAAAUCAGGUAUGAAUCAGGAGACCAUGUGGCUGUGUAUCCCAUCAACGACAGCAACAUCGUCAACAGGAUCGGUGAUCUCCUCAAAGUGGAUCUUGACACCGUUAUCUCCCUCAACAACCUCGACGAGGAAUCCAAUAAGAAGCAUCCGUUCCCCUGUCCCACCACGUACCGCACCGCUCUGACUCACUAUCUGGACGUCACCAGUUCUCCACGCACAAACGUGCUCUAUGAACUGGCACAGUACGCCACUGACCCCAAAGACCAGGAGAACAUGAGGAAGAUGGCCUCCUCUUCACCUGAGGGCAAAGCGCUGUACCAGAGCUGGGUGCUGGACUCCUGUAGGAAUAUUUUGGCUAUUCUGGAGGAUUUGCCGUCUCUGCGGCCGCCCAUCGAUCACCUCUGUGAGCUUCUGCCCCGACUGCAGGCCCGCUACUACUCCAUCGCAUCCUCCUCCAAGGUUCAUCCCAACAGCAUCCACAUCUGUGCCGUCGUGGUGGAGUACAAGACUAAGACGGGUCGGGUCAACAAAGGAGUCGCCACUAACUGGCUGAAGAACAAGAUGCCAACCGACAACGGACACAAGGCCACGGUGCCCAUGUACAUCCGCAAGUCUCAGUUCCGCCUGCCCUUCAAGUCCACAAACCCAGUUAUCAUGGUCGGACCGGGCACUGGCAUCGCCCCCUUCAUGGGCUUUGUUCAGGAGCGCAAAUGGCUCAAAGAACAAGGCAAGGACGUUGGAGACACAGUGUUGUACUAUGGCUGCCGUCACAAGAACGAGGACUUCCUGUACCGAGAGGAACUGGAGGAGUAUGAGAAGACUGGGGUUCUGACGGCACUCAAUGUAGCUUUCUCCAGAGACCAGGCAGAGAAGGUGUACGUACAGCAUCUGCUGAAGAAGAACAAGGAGGUCGUCUGGAGGCUGGUUCACACAGACAACGCUCACAUCUACAUAUGCGGAGACGCGCGUAACAUGGCGCGGGACGUCCAGAACGCCUUCUACGAGAUCGCAGAGGAGCUGGGAGGAAUGAGCCGCACUCAGGCUGUAGAUUACAUCAAGAAACUCAUGACUAAAGGACGCUACUCGCAGGACGUCUGGAGCUAAAUGAGCUCCGCUACAUUCCCCUUCUGUACAUUCCUGAUGUGUGCAUUCAUGAGGAUGAGUCUAACAUUUUUGCUGUCGUCGUUUGGGGAAAAAAAAAAAAAAAACAGACACACACAACCUCAUUCUGAAGUGAAUUAUGUCACAUUAUGUUAGAGAGAAAAUCCUGUGUAGAAUCAUGAUCUUAACAUACUAAUCAAAUACAUGAUAUGCAUGAAACUUUAUAAUCAGUAACAUGGUAAUUUUUAGCAUCCACCAAACGCAGUGUCUGUAGAGCUGGAUUAAUGCUGUAAUGGUACUUUGUAAGCGUGAAGAGGCAUUAACUUACUCUUAUUGUUAUGAACUUGAUGAAAGUGGUUUUAAACAUGCACAAAAUAACCUUUAGAUGUUAUAAACGUCACAACCUUUCAUUUUGGUCUGAAGUAAAAGCAUCUGAAUGUCUAUAGAUUUUUCUUGUCAGACUUUUUUAUUAUUAUUAUAAUGGUUGAAUAUGAAUGUAAACUCAUUUCAAAGCGGAUGACCCACACAGAUUUCAUUUUUCUUUAGGUGCUCAAGUUCAUUUGUCAUAAUUUCAUUAUUUUUUAUGUUCUCUGGUAACAGACAUACUCUGUCUCUGAGAGUCUUGUGUGUGUGUGUGUGUGUGUGUGUGUGUGUGUGAUAUUGAGACACAGACAAGGGAACAGAUGUUGGUCUGGAAGCUCUAGUGCCUUAUUUACUGUGUCAUUUGCAUUAGUGUAAGAGUUUACUAUUUGGGAAGAUGAUAGAAUUAUAUAAAAUAGUAGUACAUUUUUUUUUUUUUUUUUUAUCACAUAAUCAUAAUUUUAUAUGCACUUGUUGUUUCCAGUACAUACAGCUGUUUAGGCCUAUUUGUAAUAAUUAAAUAUAAAUUUAACAUCA